AUGAAAUUGAAACCAAGCGAAAUUGAGCAACUUCUCACCAUCUGCCCUAAAAGCCUUGAUCCCUGGACCCUAGAACCACUGCACUCGGUUGCUUUUUUCGACCCACUUAUUAACCAGGAGGAGCUUCCUCUCUCUGAGGCACGACCACCCAUUUCCUUUCCUGACCCCUCCCUCCCUCUCGCCCACUUCGAUGCUGAGGUGCCUCGUGAUUUCGACAGUGGUGAGGUCGUCGACGAUUAUAUAGUCUGCUCCUGCUCCGGCAAUCUUUUCCCUUCCGACGCCACUUCGGCCUCAAAUCUAACUUCUCAGGAAACAGCAUCGACAGUGGAUUCGUUUUUGGCAGAUAUUUUUUCUGCGGAUAGCUUGGUUGAUGGUUAUCUCUCACUUUGCUCUGAAGAAUUUCUCCCACUUUGUGCUCAACCUAGCCGGGAAUCGACAAGUAAUGCAGGUGACGUUGAAUCGGAUAGCAGACUAGAAAAAGGUGGCAAGGAGAGGAAGAAGGAUAAGGUUGACCUUGAAACUCAGGCUGAAUUUAUGAAGCUACUACGCCAUACUAGUAAUGAAGUAACUUCGCAUGCAGUGCUGGAGAGCAGCACAGAGAUGCUGGCACCAUUGACGGAACUGAUUCCUGACCCAGCGUUUGAGUGGCCAUUCGAGCUGGACACCUUCCAGAAGCAGGCGAUCCUCUGCCUGGAGCGCAACCAAUCUGUCCUCGUGGCGGCACACACCUCGGCAGGUAAAACAGUGGUAGCGGAAUAUGCGUGUGCCAUGUGCAAACGCCGCGGCUCCCGCGCCAUAUACACCAGCCCCAUCAAAGCUCUCUCAAACCAAAAAUUCCGUGACUUCAGGCAGACGUUCGGAGACGACGUGGGCCUUCUGACGGGCGACAUCAAGGUGGCCACGAAGUCGAGCAUCCUCGUGAUGACCACAGAGAUUUUGCACAACAUGCUCUGCAAUUCCGCUGACACAAUCCGCGACCUCGAGAUUGUCAUCAUGGACGAGGUACACUACAUGAACGACAAGGACAGGGGCCACGUGUGGGAACAAUUAAUGAUCCUACUACCACAGCACGUGCUGCUGGUGCUGUUGAGCGCCACACUGCCCAACGCUCUUGAGUUCGCAGACUGGCUGGGCCGCAUCCGUGGCGGCACCACUAUUCACGUCUGCCAGACGCACCGGCGCCCCGUGCCCCUUGAGCACCACCUCUACACCGGCUGUGACUCCGCUACCCGUGAGAAUAUCUACCUCGUGGUCGACAAAGAGGGUCGGUUCAACCGUGAAGGUUACCAGGAUGCCAAGAACUCGUUGAUUAAACCCAGAAAGAUGAGCAAGAAAGGCGACGUCUCCAAGACCGUGGUGACUGAUGCUGCUGUUGAUCCCGAUGAAAUUUCCCGCAAGGAGGCUAAACGGAAACCCAAAUCUCAAUUUACCGGGGGUAAGAUCAACACCCCUGGUAGACAAAACUAUAUUCCUAAAGCUACGGAGGGUUACAAUCGCAGUGGCAAGUCGGAUAUAACGGUGUGGUCUGGACUGAUUCGCAUGCUGCAGGAGCAUGAGCUCAUGCCCGUCAUCGUUUUCUGCUUCUCUCGCGCCAAAAUCAACAACCUCGUGCAAUGUCUCAAUUCUAUUGACCUCCUCAACAAAACGGAGAAGAACGAGGUAGUAACGUUCCUACGCGCGGCCAUAGGGCCUCGACUGAAGGGCUCGGAUAAGUUGCUCUCUCAAGUCCUUCUUGUCCGCAAUCUCACGGUCCGCGGCAUUGCUAUCCACCACGCCGGUAUGCUGCCUCUCCUCAAGGAGGUUGUGGAGAUGCUCUUUCAACGGGGUUUGGUGCGAAUUCUCUUUGCUACUGAGACCUUCGCCAUGGGUGUCAAUAUGCCUGCUCGGAGUGUCAUCUUCACGGCUAUUCAAAAGCACGACGGCGAUCAGCGCAGACCACUCACUGCAGGCGAGUACACUCAGAUGGCAGGCCGAGCGGGUAGACGCGGCUUGGACUCUACGGGAACGGUGAUCAUAGUGGCGAACAACUGUGACAGCCCUAUGCCUACUGACCUCCAGCUGCAGCAGAUGCUCCUUGGCCAAGCCACUAAACUGACAUCGCGCUUCAAAGUCACUUACUCAAUGAUUCUCUACCUCCACCGUGGCAAUCUCCAGACACCUCAGGAGCUGAUUCACCAGAGCUUUAUGCAUGCGAAUGACCUGCGCUACGAACUGGUGCGGAAGUGUCAGCUUGAUUGGCUGCGGCAGUUGGUAAACGCAUCGACAGUGCACAAAGCGACGCCCCGGACCCUCAUCGGUAAGGCGGCCCCCGUCACUGUCUCCAUUCAGGCCGAUGACGACGCGCUCCUCACUCAUGCUGAGGUACGCUGUCCUGCCUACCCUCUCGACUCUCCGGACUCCACUGCGACGCCCUGUGUCGAGGCGAUUGCCGGCUAUUACCUUGCGUGCUGUCGUUGGCGCGAGCUCUCGUACACGUGUUCGAGUGCUGCGGGGAAUCAGCCUUUGUCGACACUUAGCAAGGUCUUCUCUCCCGGCCGCCUGGUACAGCUUCAACUUUCUACUGAGUCGAUGCGUUCGGCAGUGCAGAACAUGUCCGGCGGGCGUUUCGCCGCCUAUGUUGGUUCUAAAUGCGUACCCAAUUGGAUCACUGUGGGCGUUGUCCUUGAGAUUACAAGGGUUACCAACGUAGUGACGCUCACAGUCGUGACCUGGGAGCUGCCGUCUUCACCAAUGGGUGAUUGUGCAACAAUAAUUGGAGGGACUCCAGAGGAGGAAGAUAUUCUUGUCGAUGGAGAACAGCUACAGUAUGGGUGCACACCCUUUCCACCUCAUCUGAUGCCAAAGUACUGUCCCAAAUCGCAGGAGGAGAGUAAAUUACGUCUUGCUGUGGUGACGGAGGUGCCGCUAACCACGCUUCUAGGCGUCAGUUGCAGCACUGUAGAAGGCGCCAGUGACAAAGCCUUUGUGGAGACGGUGUUGCGCGACCUUACUUGGUUCCGCCAGCAGCAGAUGGCCUCUGCUGAGGGUCUCCAUGUCGUGGUGCAGAAGAAACGCGACGACGAUGCAGGUGGUUCUGCCGCGAGACGCCGACAGGUCUGUCCUCUCUCUGCCACCAAUGAGGCUCUCUUCACUGCCGCUACCGCUAUUGCCACCUCCGCAGAUGAAAGCGGAGGGUUCGAGAGCAUCCCCUUCUGGCAGCACCUUGGUCUGGAUGGCCCCGAGGUGGAAGAGUGGAUGGCGCUGACGGAGGAGCUAAGCGCUCCUCUCGUCGAGCACCGCCUCUCGUCCGAAAUGUCCGCCUGUGCGAAUCUCAUUGCCCAUCUGAGUCUCAUGCACCGGGUCACGCGGCGUCGGUGGGCCAUCAAACGCCUCAAUGCAAAGCUGAGCAGGAAUCAAGAUACCCUGCUUGACGAUUACGAGGCUCGGGUCCGUGUUCUCGAAGAACUUGGCUUCCUUGACAAGGAUACCCGAUCUGGCUGCCUCACGCGCAAGGGUAGAGUGGCCUGCGAAUUGCAGCAGAUGGAGGUGUUGCUGUCUGAGAUCCUUUUUGAUGGCUCGAUAAUCCAGCUUUCGCCUCCAGACAUAGCUGCCCUCCUCUCCUGCUUUGUCUGCGAAUCAGGGAUGGCUGGUAUUGGCGGUAGCGGAGGUGGUGGCGGGACAAAAACGUCGAAGAACGACCCCCUUGCACCCCGCGUGGCCCUCGUCUCCCGUGAGGAGAUAGAAAAUGCAGCUACUGCCUCCACCUGUGACCCAGCUGACCUCUUUCCCUUGCCCGCUACUGUACCUGAACAUCUUCAGUCAAUUGUUCGCCUCAUGCUCACCAAGGCUGAGCAGUUGCAGCGACUGCAGCUAGAUUACGGUGUGCACGAUGCGGAGGCGGACACACGGCUGAACCCAGUGCUAGUGGGCGCAACGUACGCGUGGGCCUGCGGGCAGCCUUUCUCGGCUGUGAUAGGGCUGACAAACACGAGCGGGAUUGAAGUGCCUGAGGGUCACGUGCUGCGCGCGCUGCAGCGCCUUGAUGAGCUGCUGCGCCACGUCUGCGUGGCGUGUCGCAACCUCGGCGACCAGACUCUAGCCGCGCGCAUCGACGCAGCCCACCUCGCUGUCCAUCGUGACAUGGUCUGUGCACCUUCUCUCUAUGUCGCCGACGAAAUCUCUUCCGUUGAUCACGAUACCUCCCACCACGAGGUGGAACAGCAUCAGACGUAA